AUGGAUUGGUGUGGUGUUUUUGUGCUCGUGGCCCUUAUAGGAUUGUUACAAUGCAAUUCAUAUCAAACUGCAGGAUCUAAUAAUAACAGACAACAAACGAUACAGUACAGGAUACCGUACUACAAUCGGCCACAAAACUACAGAUUUAUCCCAAUACCCUACCCGUAUUAUACAAACUUCAAUAAUAGUCCACCAAGAAGGCAGCAACUGCCUAGAGGACCUACUGUUAAUCCAAGUAGGACGAUAAUAAUUGAUAACAUCAAUUCAAAACCGACUAUUACCUAUCCAUCUCCAAGUAACCCUAUAAUUCUCAACACUAGAGAUUUCAAAGUGAGAGUACAAAUUGAUAAUAGACAGACAGGAAAGAAAACGCCUUCUAAUAAAACAAAGGAUCCUAAAGAUGAAGACCAGGAAAUUGAAAUUGACGUAAGAAGUGGUGAUGACGGCGAUGAUAUUGUAGUCGAAACUGAAAUAGAUGACGAAAAUGGGAAGAAAGUAGCUGAAGCUGAGGCAGAAAUUGAAGAUGACGAUCAAGAAGAAAAUAAUGAUGACGGAAAACGUAACAAAGGUAAACCAAAAGAAAAGAAAGAUGAUAAUGAUGAUAAUCAAAACAAAUCGAAAGAUAACAAAGACAAAAAGACUAAAGGCAAUGAAGACGACCAAGAUAAUAAUGAUGAAGAUGAGAAUACUGACAAUGAUAAUAAGCCAGAAAGAAAGAAAGAAGACGAUAAUAGUGAUAGCAAUGAAACAAAUAAAGACGAUGAAGAUCAAGCGGACCCUCAAGAAAAUAAGGAUGGCAAAAAUAACAAUAACAAAGAUGAUGAUGAAGAUACUGAAACUGAAGCUUUAGCAGAAGCUGAAGCAUUCGCAGAAGUUACAGACGAUGAUCCAUACGGUAAAGAUAACUCUGAGACAUCAGAAAAUCAAGACGAUGAAAAUACUGAGAAUGAUAAAAGUAAACCAAAAAUUGAAAAUGAUGAUGGAAAUUCUGAUGGCGAUGACAACGACGCAGUUAAAGAAAAUGAAAACAUUGACAAUAGAAACGAUGGAGAUGAAUCCAAUGAAACCGACCAAUCAAAUAAUGAUGACUCGGAGGCUACAGGCACUACAGAUGAUUCUGAAAACAACAGUAACGAUAAUGGUGCUGACCCUUCAGAAGAUGAUGAAAACUCUGACGAUGAAGAUGACACUGAAACUGAAGCAAGGGCCGAGGCCGAAGCGACGGCUGAAGUAACAGACGAAGAGCCUUCAAACAAUAAUGAUUCUGACAAUCCAAAUACAGAAAAUGAAAAUAAUCCGGCUAAAGCCCAAAAUGAUGUAGACGAUCCAGAAUCAAGAAAUAAUAGAGAUAAUACGGAAGAAAACAAAGAUAACGGAGACGAACCAGAAAAAGAUGGUGGUGACAAUCCAGAAGAAAAUAAUAAUGAUGUUGAAGAUCCAGAAGAAGGGAAAGAUGAUGGAGAUAAUGUAGAAGAAAAGAAAGAUGAUGGAGAUGAUGCAGAAGAAAAGAAUGUUGAUGAAAAUGACCCAGAAGAAAACAAAAAUGAUGGAGAUGAUGCAGAAGAAAAGAAUGGUGAUGAAAAUUACCCAGAAGAAAACAAAAAUGAUGGAGAUGAUGCAACAGAAAAUAAUGGUGAUGAAAAUGACUCAGAAGCAAGGGCUGAGGCUGAAGCGACGGCUGAAGUAACAGACGAAGAGCCUUCAAACAAUAAUGAUUCUGACAAUCCAAAUACAGAAAAUGAAAAUAAUGAAGUAGAUGCAGAAGAAAAUAAAGAUGAUGCAGGUGAUGCAGAAGAAAAAAAAGAUGAUGGACAUGAUACAGAAGAAAAGAAAGAUAAUGGAGAUGAUGCAGAAGAAAAUAAAGAUGAUGAAGAUGAUACAGAGGAAAAGAAAGAUAAUAGAGAUGAAGCAAAAGAAAAAAAAGAUGAUGUCGAUGAUACAGAAGAAAAGAAAGAUGAUGGAGAUGAUGUAGAAGAAAAAAAAGAAAAUACAGAAGAUUUAGAAGAAAUGAAAGGUGAUAGCGAUAGUACAGACGAAAAGAAAGAAGAAUCUGACGAUCCGGAAAGAAUGAACAAUGAUGAAAAUGAUCCAGAAGAAAAGAAACAUGAUGGAGAUGAUGCAGAAGGAAAGAAAGAUGACGAAGAAUGCGAUGAAGAGUCUUAA